AUGAGCGCGCAGGCGAUUGAUCUUGAUGCACGUGAGAUCGGAUCGGCGCUGGGCCAAUGGGCAGGCAUCUGGGGCAUGGGCGACUAUUGGCAUGUGAUGCUUGCAUCGUACAUUGCUGUCUGCCUGGUCAAGCGCGGGCUGCACAUUAUGUCGCAAGUAUUCCUGCCGCGCAUCUACGGGCGCCUGGACGACAAGACGAAGCGGGACUGGGACAUUGCAUCCAUUGGGCUCCUCCAUUCAUUGUACGAUUCUUCGAUUAUUUUGUGGUAUCUUGUCGACGGCACGCUGGCCAAGAACAGGAUGGACGGGUAUGACAAGACAUUCGAGUUUCUCCUGGCGACCAUGCAGGGCUACUACAUCUGGGACCUGAUCGUGUGCCUGACGAAUUUCUCCGAGUACGGCUUCCCCUACCUGAUCCACGGCGGGUUGGGCGUCCUGGGCCUGCUAAUUGUGACCUCGGGGCAGUUGCAGUUCUACGCAAUUCCAUAUCUGCUGCCCGAGCUGAGCUCGGUGUUUUUGAAUAUUCGCCAUCUGCUGAAGUACUCGGGCAUGUCCGGCACGCUGGCGUACAAGGUCAACUUUGCAGUGUUUACGGGCGCCUUCAUUGUAAUCCGCCUUGGCUACGAGGCGUACCAGGCGUAUGUGCUGGCUGUGGACGUGUAUCAUGGCCAGACUGGCAGUGCGUACCGGCCGUUCGCCGUGUAUUUCACCGUGGUCGGGGCUACGCUGACGUUCCUGAAUGUCAUGUGGUUGCGCGAGAUCCUGAAGGCCGCGUACUACACGCUGGGCAAGCCGGCCAAGGCGGCCAAGACAGCCAAGAAGACCCACGUGCAGGAGGACGACUACAAGGACGUCGAGGCCAAGACAGCGUGGAAGGUGAAGCAGAACGCGCCCGAGUUUAUACUGACAGUGCGGCCAACCGACGAGUCACUGCAGGCGCAGGUGUCAGUGGGCAUGCGGAUCCGGCUGACAAAAAUGUACCCGCAGACAUUGCCGCAAAUCACAUUGGAGAGCCCGGUCGGUCUCAGCGACACGCAGGUGCAAGAGGCGCUUUUGGAGCUCAAGCACGAGGCACGUAAACUGCACGGCACAGAAAUGAUCUACGAACUAGCCAUACUUUUGGGCGACUUUCUGACCAGCAAUAAUUCGGCGGCGCAGGCAGCGCAGCCGUCGUUCCACGCGCAGAUGGUCGAGCGCGAGGAAGCCGGGCGCCAGGCCGACAUGGAAAGGCGGGCGGAGCAGCACCGGCGGCAGCUGGCGGCGGAUGCCGAGGAAAGGCAGGAUCUGGAGCGGCGCAUUCGGCAGGAGCUCGAGCGCAAGCAGCAGCAGGUGCUGACCGACCAAAGGCGCGAGAAGCAGCUGAGCGAUAUUGCGGAUGCCGUGCAUAAUGUUGCCGGACGGUGGGCCGAGGGCAUCCAGCUGCUGACGUUCAAGCGGCGGAUCUUCCUUGACCCAGAGCAGCCGCGCAAUGGGCGGUUCCAGACAGUCGCGCUGGAGGAGUCGUCGAUUGUCGAUCCGCUGUGCGUAGUGUACGAUGCAUAUCCGACAGAUCUGGUGGGCGCCAGCAUACACUUGUCGGACCGGUUCACGGUGCAGUGCGUUGUAAUCACAUCCCUGCAUUAUGCGACAGACCAGGGCCUCAAGCAGCUGAUCCGGGUGAAGACGCGCAUCGAGGAUCUGGCGCAGAUCAGGCAUUCGAACCUGGUCACAAUAUACGGGUGCCAUCUGGAGGUGCUGGAGGAGCAGAGCCAGCAUGCAGGCCAGCGGCUAUGGGUACUCAGCGACACGCUGUCAUCGCACGACGGAUCGACACUGGAGGACGUGCUAGAGUCGUGCGGGUCGAUUGCGCUGAAGCAGACACGCACGUAUCUGCGACAUAUUCUGCUGGCGCUGGUCAGCCUGCAUGCGGCCGGAUUUAUCCACCGGGGCAUCAUGGCGCGCAAUGUGCUGCUGAGCAAGCAGGGCCGGGGCAAGUUCAUAGCAAAGCUGUUCAACACCAGCUACCGCGAGGAGCUGAUUGAGAUCCACCGGCUGACGCCCUUGUCGGGCAAUGUCAGCGACAACAUCGGCAACGACAUCCGCGUGGCGCCGGAGGUCAUGGAGCGGCCCGACAUGAUGGGACGCAAGAACGACAUUUGGUGCGUCGGCGUGCUGGCGCUGCAGAUGGUGCUUGGUCUGGAUGUGCUGCGUAACGUGCCCAUUGGCCAAGAGCCACACGUUCUGGAAAAGCACCGCACCAGCAUGGCAGUCGAGCUGUACAAGGUCAUUGCGCUGAUGCUGACACCCGACCACCGGCAGCGCCCGACCGCCAUGGAGGCGCUGAAUGACGGGUUCUUCAAGCUCGGGCUAGGCGAAUCUGAGCCGUCGGUUCACCGGCAGGCCCUUGACAGCGCCUCCCGCGGCCUGACCUUUGAGCUGCAGCGGACUGCCCGCGGUGCCGACGCGCCCUCUCCGGUGCAUUCGCCACAGACAGCAGCGUCGCCGCCAUUCUUUGUCGCGCAAAAGAACAUCCAGGGCGAGACGGCGGCAGCGCAGCCAGUCAGCCGGGCGCCAUUGCCUAGGGCAUCCUCGGCGGGCCUCGAGCACUUUGUGCGGCCAUCAGCGUCGCGGUACCGCACAGACUUUGAGGAAGUGGAGUUUCUGGGCAAGGGCGGGUUCGGCUCGGUGGUCAAGGCGCGGAACCGCAUCGACGGGCGGUACUAUGCAAUCAAGAAGAUCAAACUAGACGCGCGCGACACCGAGGGCAACAAGAAGAUCUUCCGCGAGGUCACAACGCUGUCGCGGCUGCACCACCAGAACGACGUGGUGGUGGAGCCCGGCAUGCCGUCGAUGCUGGCAGGGCUGCCGGAGGACUCGGAUGAGUCGGGCGUAGACUCGUUUGCGUCAAUCAAUGUUCCGUCGUCAGACUCAGUGUGGUCGACCGAUGAGGAUGCGUCGGAUGAUGAUGGGUCGGGCAGCAGCACCAGCAGCACCAGCAGCAGCUCCAGUGGCAACGAGGAUAACGGCAAGGGCCUGCUGCUGGCGAGCCGGUCGGAGGGCGAUAUGACAAGCGGCGGGCGCAGUGGCGGCAAUGUGUUUUCGGCGAUCCGGUUCGGCACAAUGGGAUCAGGGGGAGCCGGCGAAAAAGACGCGGGGUUCACUGACUCGCAGCAGAACACGACGACGACACGACCGACGACCAACACAGGCGAAAGCAGCCUGGAAGAGGAAGAGGAUGAUGACGACUCGUACCUGGAGGAUCUGAUGCACAGCAAUGCGCAGCGGCGGCAACGGCGGACAGGGCUCGAGCAACAAGCGCAAAGCGGGGCGACGGCUAGCAAGGCGGGGCGGCAGACCCAGAUUCUGUACAUCCAGAUGGAGUACUGCGAGAACAAGACGCUGCUGGAUCUGAUCCGCGAGGGCAUCGAGGAGAAGGAGUGCUGGCGGCUGUUCGGGCAGAUCCUCGAGGGUCUGAACCACAUCCACCAGAGCGGGGUGAUCCACCGCGAUCUGAAGCCAGUCAACGCGUUCCUGGACGGGGCAGGGGAUAUCAAGAUUGGCGACUUUGGGCUGGCAACAUCGAACUUUGCGCCGAUCGACCAGACGUCACGGCUGGCCAGCCUGGACAAAAGCGUGGAGGAGACGAUGACAGCAGAUAUCGGCACAUCGACGUACGUGGACAUGUACUCGCUGGGCAUCAUAUUCUUUGAGAUGUGCUAUCCAAUGAACACGGGGAUGGAGCGGGCGACGGUGAUCCACAAUCUGCGCAGCAGUGAGAUGCCGCUGCAGCACCAGAUCAUCCGGCGGCUGCUGAGCCAUAGCCCACGGCAGCGGCCGUCGAGCGCGGAGCUGCUGGAGAGCGAUCUUCUGCCACCGCGAGUGGAAGACGAGUACCUGCGGGAGACGAUCCGGACGAUUGCGAACCCGUCGCAGCCGUACUUUCCAAAGUUGAUGGACUCGCUGUUUGGACAUACGCCAGACAAGCACAUUGACGCGACAUUCGACUACCGGGCGAGCGACAUCCCGGUGGACCAGCUCAACUCGGUGUUCCUGGACCGGAUCCGCGAGCUGAUGACAAAGGUGUUCCGGACGCACGCGGCAGCGGACCUGCUGGAUAUGUGGCAGAAGCCGGCAUACUACCUGGAUCCGCGCGGCAACGUGGUGCAGCUGCCAUUCGACCAGAAGGUUCCGUUUGCGCGGUACGUGGCGCGCAGCCGCAUGACGGAAAUCAAGCGGUACAGCUUCGACCGGGUGUUCCGGGCCAACCCAAUCGGUGGGCAGCCGCUGACGGGCAAUGCGGUGUCGUUUGAUGCGGUGACCAACCGUAGCGCACACGCGGUGGCAGCGGCGGAGGUAGUGGCAGUCACGUGUGAGGUAUUCCACGAGCUGCCAGCGUUCCGCACGGCGCGGCUGGAGCUGCAGCUCAACCACAUGGCGGUGCUGGAUGCAAUCCUGGCGUUCUGCGGGAUCCUGCACCCGGCGUGGGCGGCACCGGCGGGGCGGGCAGCGGACGAUGCGGAGGAGGGCGCACGCCAUGUGCAGUUUGUCCGCAAUGUGUGCCAGGCAAUCAGCAGCAGCGCGCGCGAGAAGCCGCAGGCGGUGAGGCAGCGCAUCCAGAUGAUGUGCCUGGCGACCGGCGUGUCGCUGCAGGCACCGGCGCUGGAUCGGCUGCAGACGUUCAUGGCCAUCCGCGGCGACCUGAAUCACGUACAGCGCGAGGUUCUGGGGCGGAUUGGGGCCGAUACGCGCGCGGGGCAGGCGAAUGCAUUCAACGAGCUGCGGUAUGUGGAGGCGGCGGUGCGGCACUUUGGCGUACGCAUGCCUGUCGCGUAUGUGGCACUGUUCAGCCACAGCUACGCGUACUGCAAGGGCGGGUACUGCUUCCAGCUCGCCACCGAGCCGCGGCGGGGCAAGGCGCCGCUGGUGCUGGCCACCGGCGGGCGAUACGACGGGCUGCUGCGGCGGUUCGGACACCUGGCAGGCGAGUACGCCAAGCAGCCCACCGAGCCGGCAGUGCCAGACACCGAGCUGUCGCCGUUUGCGAGCCGCACCGGUGCUAAGCACUCGCACGCAGUGUGGCGGCAGAUGUAUUCCAAGGAGGACGCGCCGGUGGCGAUCGGUACGAAUCUGUCGGCGGGCAGCGCGGUGCUGGGCACGGCACGCGACGUGGUGUGCCUGGGAGUGCAGAUCGACCUGGACCUGGUGGUGCAGGAGAUGGCGCGGUACCAGCAGAAUGUGCUGCAGAACGCUGACGCGGCGACGUUUGGGCUGUGGACGCGCAAGCGCUGCGACGUGGUGGUCGCGUCGUUCGGCACCAAGCCGCUGCUGCGCGAGCGCAUCUCGCUGGCGCGCGAACUGUGGGCCAACGACCUGCGCACCGACUUCCUCUUCAACGACGACCCCGACAUGUCCAUGGAACGCCUGGUGGACAUCUGCCGCGACCAGGGCAUGAACUGGAUUGUCACGCUGAAGAAGCGCUCGGGCACCAAGCGCCGCCCCGACCACGACCGCUUCGUCUACAAGGUCAAGAACAUCCUGCGUCGCGUCGAGAGCGAGGUCCCGCGCGACCGCCUGGUCGAGUGGCUGCACACCGACAUCAGCGAGCAGCUCAAGCAGGACCUGCUCACCCACGGAACCCGCGCCAUGGCCAAGCCGGAACGGUGCCUGCCCGAGCCAAGCGAGCCGCCCACGCUCACUGCCUCAGAGCCGCCCGGCCGUCUCGACAUCACCAUUGUCAGCCCGCAUAGCUCGGCCAAGAACCUGAGCCGCGCCAAGCACAAGCAGCGUAUGAUGCUGCUGGACCGUGCGACCGCCAGCGCCGGCCGCAUCAUCGCCGAGGUCGCCCGCACCGCGCCGGUGCUGGCUAUUGAAUUGGGCGAUGAGUUCCUGCGCCGGCUGAUGGGCGAGCCCAGCAUCCUGACUGACCACGGCCUGAAGCGCAUCCUGGAGCUCUGCUCCGCCCACCAGCGCUCGCAUAUCAUCGAGCUGCGCAACCACAUGGAGCGCUGCAGGCGUGAGGGCGUCGCCUACGUCUGGCUGUACUCGACCAAGUCCGAGACUGCCGUCAACUAUAAGCUGUAA